AUGCGUCUCGUCGCUACUACUCUCCCAGUCAACCCCCCAAGCGAGACUCUCCACCUUACUGAGGCACAGCUCUAUCAGGGCCUCAUCUCAAAGGCCCGCGACCCAAUCCGUUUCGUUAAGCAGAUCCAGCAGUGCCGCAUCUUGAGCGAGCAUGAAUCUGGCCUCCGCCGCGAGAUCGUCUUCACAGGGAGGCCCGAGGCCAUGCUUGAGGACGUCGAAUACUUCCCACCUGGUCUGGUGAUGUUCACAAUGACGUCGCCGACGUCCAACGAUCGCACAACACCUCAGGCGCGCAUAACGAAUUUGAUCAGUCAUACACCUGACGGCGGCCUGUUCCUUACAUUCAGCUUCGCUUUUGGCCCUAAUGGCCAGCUGGACAAGGACUCGGAGGCGGAUACGCGUGAGAGGGAAGUGCGCAAGGCGGGCGAAGAAACCGUUGCCCACACCUUGGCUGUUGUCAGAGAGUUGGUCCAGUCGGGCCAGAUAAAGGCUUGA